AUGUCGUACCCGAUUCUUCCAACCAACCUUCCUCCAGCAACACCGCAGAAACCCCUACCGGGAGCUUACCUGCAAACGCCAGCUGUGCCACGAAAUGACUUCAAAUCCCCUCCUCGACAGCAACAAGCGCAACAAGCGCAAUAUGCCCGCUCACCACCUCGGAAUCUCCCUCCCAAGCUUCCUCCGACCGCGACACCACCAAACCAGAACUUGAGUACGGAAGAACGAGCGGCGCGUACCAUCAAUGAGACCUUGAUCCAAGAAUCACGAUACCCGGAUCUGGAUAGUUAUCUGUCCCAGGGAUUCUCAUCUGAAUAUGACAUCCCAAUGACUUCGUCAUGGGCGCCGUUCCAAAAAGUCAAGAUGUACAAUAUUCCCGAUCAGAUCUUCGACCAGUACAAUCGUGCUCAGGUCUCAACAAGCAUGGGAUUGUUCGCCGAAUUGAACCACGCGUGGGUGGCCAUUGACAACGCGCUCUACUUGUGGGAUUUUACACACUCAAACCCUCAAUUGGUGGGAUUCGAAGACCAGCCAAACAGUAUCCACUCCGUGAAGCUGGUGAAGCCGCGCGCAGGAGUGUUUUUGCCCGCGAUCACUCACCUAUUAGUGGUCUCGACUACCGCAGAGGUUAUCUUGUUAGGUAUGGGUGUUGAUAAUCUACCAACAGGCAGCCGACAGGUUACAUUGUAUCAGACUGGGAUGGCAGUUUCAAUCAGAGGGUUGGACAUUGACGUUUUUGCUUCCUCGGACGCAACUGGCCGCAUUUUCUUUGGUGGCUCAUCGGACAACGAUGUGUAUGAAUUGACCUACCAACAGGAAGAGCGUUGGUUCCAGGGUCGUUGCGCAAAAAUCAACCACACUAGUUCUCGAUUAGCAGCAUUCAGACCUUCUCUCAGUCUGACAAAUCUUACUCAAAGAGCCAUGGAGCAUGUGGAACAGAUGGUAUUUGAUGACAGCCGGAAACUUUUGUACACCCUGUCAUCCAUUUCGACUAUUCGAGUGUUCCAUUUGAAGCCCGAUGGCACCUUGUCCCUGGCGAUCACCAAGCCGGCUUUGGAUAUUUACUCGAAUAUCGGACAUGUCAUUGCAUCUAACGAAACUCUGAAUCCUAAGGUGAAGAUCGUCGCUAUUAGCCCCGUCCCCGCAGCGGAAGCAUCUCGCUAUCACCUUGUUGCGACAACUGCUACGGGCUACCGUAUCUAUCUCAGUGCGACUAGUUCAUUCAGUUGGUCUCCCGCGAUGCUUGAGGUCAAUGCGCCUACAAGCAUGCAAGCUCAGCAUGUUAAGACCCCACCUGUCGACAAUAUCAGUGAUUUUGGGUUACGUGGAUUCCAGAAUGGUGCAGUCAAGUCACCAAUCCAGACCUUAGCACCUACCCGAUUAGCGGCGCGAUUCCCGCCUGGCUACUUCUUCUGUUUCACUUGCAAAGAUGCUACCCAGAAGGCGGAUACGCUCUUCAUCUCCUCCCCGGAUUCUGGUCGGGUUGCCAGAUCCCAAGAGAAUGUCCUCACAGGAAAGGCCGGAGAGACUGCCAUCUGGAUGAGUCUGGGCGGCCGAGCGGAGGACAUUGGUCUCUGCUCCCCACCCCCACCAUCAUCCCCGGGCUUUGGUAACGAGCUGGCUAUCCAAUUCGAUCAUCCGGCAGCUGAGAUUGCUGUCCUCACGAAUACUGGUAUUCAUGUCAUUCGCCGUCGACGCCUGGUAGACAUUUUUGCUUCACUGCCCCGUGGCGGAGGCAAUAGCGAAGAAGGCCUGGAUGGCGAGGCUAAAAACUUUAUUCGCACCUAUGGCCGUUCUGAAGCCCUUGCUACUGCCCUUGCGGUGGCUUGUGGACAAGGUGUUGAGAUCUCUUCAGACCAACGACUUACCCAGAUCAAUGAUCCUGAUGUGUUGGAGUUUGCCCGUAAAGUCUUCAUCGAGUAUGGUGGUCGCCCUGCAUUGAAUGAUAAUGCUGUCGCUGACGCCACCACUCCUCCCAUCGAUCUGGUUGAACCUUCACCCCGCCAUGCUGGUAUUUCGUUGUACAUUUCCCGCCUGCUGCGGUCAAUCUGGAAGAAGGAGAUCGCGAAGGUGGGCAAGGGUGCCAAUGGCGCGGUUACAGUCACUGCUUCUGUAGGCACUGCCAAGCUGCAGUCCAUUCAACAUGAUCUCUCCUCCCUCCAGAACUUCUUCAAGACAAACAAGAGUUUCAUCGAGGGACUGAGUGGACCCGAGGCUCUGGCCCGAGUUUCCACCAAGCAUGAAGAAAUUGCCCUUCAGGGUGAGCACCGUGCCUUGCACUCUAUCGUGCAGUUGGUGUCGCACACUAUCGAAGGAAUUUCUUUUGUCUUGGUACUUUUCGAUGAGCGAGUCGAUGAGAUCGUGGCUACUCUGCCUGAAGAGUCGAAGCACAAGUUCUUGAGGCUUACUUUCGAGGAGCUAUUCAGCACCAACAAGGGUAACGAAAUCGCUAAGGAGCUCGUUAAGAGUAUUGUGAACCGCAACAUCGCCAAGGGCUCCAACGUUGAGACUGUGGCCGAUGCUUUGCGACGCCGAUGCGGUAGCUUCUGCAGCGCAGAGGAUGUGGUCGUCUUCAAGGCUCAGGAGCUUCUCAAGCGGGCUACCGAGGCUGGUGCCAACACUGAAUUGGGUCGAAAUCUCCUCAAUGAGAGCUUGAACUUGUUCACACAAGUGGCUGAUAAUUUGCCUAUGGAUUACCUGGUCUCAGCAGUGGACAACUACAUUGCCAACCAGUUCUUUGCGGGUGCAAUUCAACUGGCCCACACAGUUGCUGCUCGUUCUGACAAGGCCAAUUUUGCCCUUUCCUGGAUGGAGGAGCGUUCUGAACAAGUAUCAACUCUCCCCCUAGAAUAUUACCUCGCGCACCCGCUCACAAAUGUACAGGACCCACGAAAAGUUCAUUACUACUUCCGCAAGCAAUGCUACGAUCUCGUUUUUAAGGUCAUUAUUGCUGUUGACACUCUGGCUGCCACAGACCCUGGCUUCAUUGAUGGACAAAUGACCCAGAUUGCUAAGCGCCAAAAUGAGGCUUAUGCUGUUAUCUCCGACUCUAAAGAUGAAGUCUUCUUGACUAGCCUUUACGACUGGUACCUGGAACAAGGCUGGAGCGAGCGUCUUUUGCAGACCCAGUCUGUAUUCGUGGUUACAUAUCUCGAAAAGAAAUCUACAUAUGACAUUGCUCAUGCCGAUCUGUUGUGGCGCUACUAUGCACAGUCCCAGCGGUUCUUUGAAGCCGCUAAGGUUCAAUUUCAGCUAGCACAGAGUGCAUUUACGCUCCCUCUCAGCGGGCGAAUUGAGUAUCUUGGCCGAGCCCGGACUAACGCCUCAACAAUCACACCGGAUGUGGGACGUCAAUCUCGACAGCGCCUUAUUCAGGAGAUCUCGACCCUGAUCGACGUGGCCAACAUUCAGGACGACCUUUUGCAGCGACUAAAGGAUGAUGAUCGGAUCACAUCGGAACGCAAGGGCGAAGUUCUGCGGGAUGUGGACGGACCGAUUAUGGAUAUUAGCACUCUCUACAACCAAUACGCCGACUCGGCUAGUUACUAUGACAUCUGCCUGCAGAUCUUUUUCCUGGCCGAUCACCGGAACGCAGCCGAUAUCAAGGCCACUUGGCACAACUUGAUCCAGGAUGUUCAUGCUACCACAUCGGCCCGGGGGUCCCCACAACCCUUCGAAGCCAUCGUCGAGAAAGUUCGCAGCCUUGGCAGUCGGCUCCGGAUGUCAGAGACGGUAUUUCCGGUUCGCGAACUGGUCCCCAUGCUGGAACGCUAUUGGAUUGAGCAUCAGCGCCACAUUGCCCCAUCUCACUGGGUUGUCGAUCUGUUUUUGGAUCUGGGCGUCGCACAUGAGUCGAUCUAUGCUGUGCUGGAAGCCAUCUGCUACACUGACGAGGCUCCAUUCCAAGGUCCCAAUCUCCGGUAUCCCUCAAUUGAUCUGCUCUAUCUGUUGAAUUCUUGGUUCGAUGAGACUAUGCGACUCGGCGGAAUGGUGUUUGGAUCGGACGUUGUUGCUAAUCGCAUUUCUGAGACUUUGCUCUCCCUGCAGCAGCAAUCCCACACUCCCGAAGUUAUGGAAGGAUGCCUGGAUCUUCGACGACGCAUUUCGGAUCUUCUACGCUAG